AUGGGAGUGUCUUUGCUCACUCUUGCCAUGCGGGCUGCUCCCACUUUGCCAACACAACCUUGCUUAAGAAGCUUGCUUCCAUCGCUGUCUCCGCUGCUUCCUUCAGCUGCGCCAGUGUCCGGUUGCUCCGCCAGCGUCUUCGGCAGGUGGGGCCUUGCGCUGCUGUUGCCGGUCUGCUUGGAUGGCCGCCGGCCGCGGGCCUCUGGCAGGCGCAGUGCAGGAGGUCACCCCGCAUCGAAGGGGCAGACUCGCAGGCUGAACGAGCUGGGGAGACAAGGACGAGAAGUGCCGGUCGCUGUCACACCUCUGACUUCAUUUGGCUUUGGUGUCAAGGUUGACGGACUUCAACUGAGCUCCGUGCUCGACGCAGACUCUCUGGCUCUGUUGCAGGAUCUGUUCGAGCAGUAUUCCGUGCUGGUCUUCAAGUCUGCGAGCUUGACAGACGAUGAGCUCAUUGGCUUUGCAAGAGCCUUUGCAGCCCAGUUCCCAGGGGCCGAGCUCGAGGCCAGUGAAGGGCCCGCCGGGGGUCGAGUCAAGAAAGGGAGCUCCAGCUCAACACGCCUCAUUGGUCGGAUCGCGAACUUUGAUGCCACAACAGGCUGCAUCUUGACAUGUGAUGAUCGCCUCUUGAAGCUUCGAGCCGGAAAUGGGCUUUGGCACAUUGACUCCUCCUUCAAGGUGAUGCCAGCUCUGGCUUCUUUGAUGGUGGGGAAUGUCGUGGUGCCGCCAGGAAGCGGUGGAGAGACGGAGUUUGCUUCGACCCGUGUGGCUUUCAAUGCAUUGACUCCAGCGGAGCAGCAUGAGCUUGACCGACUUCUUUGUGUCCAUGACUUUCGAUACAGCUUGGGCUUGACCGGAUGCUCGGCUCGAUUCCUUCGGCGCCUUCCACCUGCGCGACACUUUCUCGUUCGACAUACACCUGCUGGGAGGUCCCUUUUCGCAGGCAGACACUGUAGCCACAUCGAGGGCAUGCCACUGCAAUCAGGGCGCGCCUUGAUCAGGAAGAUCAACAAACAUGUGACCCAGGAGCGGUUUAUCUAUCGCCACUCCUGGUCUGCUGGCGACCUCGUGAUCUGCGACAACAGAAGCUGCGUCCACCGAGGGCGGUCAUGGCGAAAUCCUGACCAGAUCAAGCGGCAGAUUUCCCUGGUCAAGAUUGCGGAAGGUCGAAACGAAGUGGCUUCUGAUUGUCGGAGUUGUCGCUCUCUUUUGCGGGACAUGAAGCUCCGACCAGGCCCCAUCGCUGAGGCCGCAGCCUUACCGGAGGAGGCCGAGGCCCAGGCCAUGCUGCAAGCCGUGGGCUGGGAGGAUCUUGACGCUAGCGAAGGGGACGGCAUCAUGUACUGUCAGCAAAGUUUGCUCAGUAAAACGCAAGCGAAGAAGAGGGAGUGCCGGAAAAAAGGAUCUUGA